UGUUGGAUUCCGUGAUGCCAACAUUCUCGUUUGACCUCUUUCUUGGCACACAAUUCGCUCUCGCAGCUCCGUUGCAACCCUUCUCCGAUUUUGACACUACGAACUAUCAAUCAAUCUUUCUCAUUAUCUUGAUAUUACUCAAAUCACAUCACAUCACAUCACACUACAACACAAUACAACAAUAAUGUGUUUCCCAACUGAUUUCAUGGUCGCCGCCCAGGUGAGAACUACUACCAACAGCAGCAACGCUACUGGCAAGAAAGCCCGUUUCGUGCACAAGAAGAAGACCGUCAUCAAGCGCUCUAUUAGUGGUGCAAAAAAGUCGGUUCGAUUUGUGGAACGAACGACGAUUGCCUACCGUCACAUGCCCCGCAGUGACAUGCAACACGCCUGGAACCAAGCCGCCGAUAUCUCCAACAUCAAGACGGGCAUCCGAGAGUCCAUGAUGGCGUUCCAUCAAGUCAAUGGGCAACUCCACGAACUGGAUUCUGCGACGCACUGCUUUCGCGGUAUCGAAUCCGGGAUUUCUCCCGCCAUUUACAAGCUCCGCAAGCUCUGGGUCAAGACGGUUCAUCAGAAUGUCUUGGACGAACAACGAAUCCAAAAAGCAUCGGGCAUUGUCGAUCUCCAAAAACUCGGAGAUGUUGCCCGGAGCUCGUCACAAGAAUCGGUGCGAUGUGCGGCCGCCAUGGGAGCACUCGAUGCCAAACAAGCAUGAAAAUGAAAUGAAUCGGAACAUUGAACAUACUACCUACUUCCUCUCAUUACUGACAUGAUGAUACAAGUGCCAACCCCACUGGCACAGCUUCAUUCCUCCCCUUCCGCGAUCCUCUGUUCAUACAUACAAUCGCAUGUACUAAUACAAACCACCUCACAAAAAGGUACUCACUUUUCUUCUUUCUAAUUAAUAACAAAGCAUGUAAAUAUAACAUCUGAACACUGAACAACU